AUGAAAAAGGCAACUAUAGCUACCUUUUCUUCACUUUCACCCAAGCAUUAUCGUGGCUAUGGCAUUCGAUCUAUUAGCUUGCCAACUAGAUCACAUCCAAGCACAGUUCAAAUUGAAGAGGAACUCAACAAGCUUAAGGCUUGGGAGACAUCAUCUUCAUCUGAGGUGGAAAGAAUUUUCUUUGGAUUAUCUGGGCUUGUAGAGUUGCACAAGUGCAUAGAAGAUCUUUUGAAAUUGCCACUGACCCAACAAGCACUAUCCCAUUACCACAACCAGAAAUGGGUUGAUGAGUUGUUAGAAUGCCCAGUGAGAUUCUUGGACAUAUUGGGAGAAACAAGGGAUGCUAUCAUGUUAAUGAAAGGAAAUGUUAGAGAACUUCAAUCAGCACUUAGAAGGAGAAAGAUUGGAGACUUGGUGAUUGAAAGCCAUGUCUCUUCAUAUUGGAGUCUAAGAAGAAACACGAGGAAAGAAUGUACAAAAUCUCUUCUGUUGUUGAAGCAGAAAGAUGGGUCAUUUGGUGCCUCUCCUCCUUUGGAUCUUAAUCAUCACCUUUCUGCAGUUGUUAGAGUUCUCAGAGAAGCUAGUUUGAUCACAAGCUCUAUUUUUCAGUCACUGGUGGCUUUUCUUUCUUCACCAAUCUUGAAGUCAAAGGCUAAUAACAAGUGGGCAUUUGUGUCAAGACUGAUGCAGAAAGGGGUGCUUCAAUGCAACAAUCAACAAGAAAAUGUAAAUGAAUUGGAAAAGGUGGACUUGUCUCUUUGCAGAAUGGUUAUGGAUAACGCCAACAAGGAUUUUGAGGCUGAGAAUUUUCAAUCUGCACAUAAAGAGCUUGAAGCUGUGGUGGUAAUCAUUGAAGGGCUUGAAAAUGGAUUGGAUUGCUUGUUUAAGCACCUUAUUAAUACUCGAGUGUCUUUUCUCAAUAUAAUUUCUCCCUCGGGUAGAAUAUGA